GUACAAGUUUUUCCUUAAAUUCCACAUACACAUUCUUGUCUCUGUCUCUUCUUCUUCAUCCUUCGCCAAUCGUCAUUAUAACCAACUCUUGACUGUACUUCACUCACUUCCCAAUUCCCACUAUGACCAUUUCUUUUCAUCUCCUUUUCUCUCUCCUCCUCCCUUUCUCUCUCUCCCUCUCACGUGCCGAUCUUCCCGGUACCUGGGAACUCCUCGUACCCGAUGUCGGCAUCGCUUCAAUGCACACAGCCGUCACCCAUUUCGGCACAGUCGUACUCCUAGACCGUACCAACAUCGGUCCUUCCCGUCUCCUUCUCCCUAAACACCAUUGCCGGGUCGACCCGAAAGACAAAGUCUUAACCCAUGAUUGUUAUGCGCACUCAGCUCUAUACGACCCGACUACCAAUCAAAUCCGUCCGUUGAUUAUUCAAACUGACACGUGGUGCUCAUCUGGACAAUUUCUCCCUGACGGUACCCUCCUUCAAACGGGUGGUGAUUUAGACGGGUGGAAAAAGAUCCGUAAAUUUAAACCCUGUGAAACGACAGAGUUUUGUGAUUGGGAAGAGUUAAACGACGUCGUUUUAUCUCACGGAAGAUGGUAUUCUACUAAUCAAAUUUUACCUUCCGGUGAAGUAAUUAUUAUUGGCGGUAAAGUUUCUUACUCCGUCGAGUUUUACCCUCCGAGACAAAACGGUGCCGUUUUCUUUCCUUUUCUUGCUGACGUGGAGGAUAGACAAGGUGAUAAUUUAUAUCCUUAUGUUCAUCUCCUACCCAAUGGGAAAUUAUUUAUUUUUGCAAAUAAUAAAGCUGUUUUAUAUGAUUAUGAUAAAAAUCAAAUUUUAAAAAAAUAUCCACCGUUGGAUGGUGGGCCAAGGAACUAUCCAUCUGCGGGAUCAUCGGUUAUGCUUGCUUUAGAAGGUGAUUUUUCAACGGCUGUGAUUGUUGUUUGUGGUGGGGCUCAAUAUGGGGCCUACAUUACGAUGGAUUCCUCGGUUCCGGCUAAUGGUAGUUGUGGCCGGAUUACAGCUACUUCCGAUGAACCGGUUUGGGAAAUGGAGGAGAUGCCAUUUGCUAGGAUUAUGGGUGAUAUGGUGAUGUUACCGACGGGUGAAGUGAUUAUUAUAAAUGGGGCCCAAAAGGGUACCCAAGGGUUUGAUUUGGCAUCAAAUCCGUGUCUUAAUCCGGUUAUUUAUCGACCUGAUCAACCUGUUGGAUUACGGUUUAUGGUUUUGAAUCCUGGUACGGUACCACGAAUGUACCAUUCCACAGCUAAUUUGUUACCGGAUGGGCGGAUUUUACUUGCAGGUAGUAAUCCACAUUAUUUCUAUAACUUCAAAGCGGAGUUUCCGACUGAAUUGCGUCUUGAGGCAUUUUCACCUGAGUACUUAAGUUUGGAUCGAGUGAAUAUUCGACCUGAAAUAGCAAUGUCACCUAAAACGCUACAUUAUGGGGAGGAAUUCGAAGUAGAUAUGAAAGUAACUCUACCUGUGGUCGCACCCAUAGAAGUUAACCUAGGAAGUGCACCCUUUGCCACACAUUCAUUCUCUCAAGGGCAAAGGUUGGUGAAAGUAAACGUAAAACCCGCAGUCCCUAACAAUAAUGGUGGAUAUACAAUUACUUGUGUAGCACCACCUAAUAGUAUGGUGGCACCACCAGGUUACUACAUGAUGUUUGUAGUGAACCAAGGGGUUCCAAGCAUUGCCCAAUGGGUUCAAUUAGUGAUUUGAAGAAUUUAUAUAGCCUACAUACAAAGACAUUGUUAAAUAUGUGCAAAGUGCAAACUAUCCAUUGCAUUGAACUCAAAAAAAGUCUUAAAUUUUUAUUUAUAUUUGA